AUGAAGCCUAUCACGAUCUGGCUGACCCCGCCUGGGCCAAACCCAUGGAAAGUCGUCGUUGCCUGCCACGAACUUGACAUUCCCUAUGUGAUUGAGUCAUUCAAGUUCGACGACGUCAAGAAGCCGCCCUUCAUCAACAUCAACCCUAACGGCCGCGUGCCCGCCAUCGUGGACCCCAACACGGGUCUCACGCUCUGGGAAUCCGGCGCCAUUUUGCAGUACCUCGAAGAAGUGUACGACACAGAGAAGCGGCUAACAUACACGGGCCUGCACGAGCGCCAUCUACUGAACCAGUGGCUUCAUUUCCAGACCAGCGGCCAAGGCCCCUUCUUCGGACAAGCGGGCUGGUUCACAGUUCUGCACCACGAGAAACUCCCGUCCGCGAUUGAGCGCUACCAGAACGAGGUGCGCCGCGUGCUGGGCGUGCUGAACGGCGCGCUCGAAGGCAAGGACUGGCUCGUGGGCGACCACUGCACUUUCGCGGACAUCGCGUUUCUGCCGUGGAACAACCGCCUCGAUACGCUGCUUUUCCCCGCGCCUGGCGAGGACGUCCUCGCGCCCUGGCCGAACGUGCAGGCUUGGCAGGCCCGUUUGGAGGCGCGGGAUUCUUGGAAGAAGGCUAUGGAGAUUCGGGAUCGGCUUAUGGAUGAGCAGGGGUUGCAGCCCAAUGGGAUGCCGAAGGGGAUUAAUAAUAUUAAGGAGUAUGAGGAGUUUAUGGCGAAGGAGGCGGCUAAAGCGGAGGGUAAAGCCUAG